ACAAUUGAAAUAACGGUUACAUUAUUUUGUUUGUUACAAAUCUUAAUAUCUACGCUUUAAAUGAUGUAGUGAUCAGUUUAUAAUAAUAUAACUGAACCAAAUGUCGCGCUGCUGCUAAUUCGAAUUUCGCGCAAAUAAUUGACGAAAAGGUCCCAAUUUUCUUAAGUUGGUAACGAAACACGCUGCCCGGCAGGUCGAAGAAUCAGAGACAAUCACACGUGUUUUGGUGGUUUGUGAUCGUAACUAUAAUGUCCGUUUCUGGACGUGUGGUGAAACCUACGACACGUAGAGGAAAGAGGACACUGCAGAAAAGAGAGCCACAAGUUAUUGAGGAUCCCAAGCGGGCAUUGUUUCUGAAAGGCCGGAAAACAUCCGAAUUAGUACGAAGAGCAUUAAAAGAUGUAUAUCAAAUGAAAAAACCAGAUGCAUUAAUGUUUGCAAAACGAAAUGACAUCACGGUAUUUGAAGAUCCCACACCAUUGGAACGACAUUGUAAAAAAAACGAGUGUGCCCACUUUUUGCUGGGUAGCCACAGCAAGAAACGUCCAAACAAUUUAACUAUUGGUAGGAUGUUCAAUUAUGCAUUAUUGGACAUGGUAGAAUUACAUAUAGAAUCAUAUAAAAGCUUGAUGGAUUUCAUCGGGCCUAAAAUGACAUUAGGAAUAAAAUCGUGUUUGUUAUUCAAUGGACCCCAAUGGGACGAGUCAGACGACCUGAAGAUGUUGAGAUCAAUUUUCAUUGACUUUUUCCAUAGAGAGCAAAUUGAUGCAAUCAGAUUGCAAGGCAUUGAACACACAUUGAGCUUCAGUGUUACUCCUGCCGGCAUCAUUUGCCUACGAUCCUAUAAAGUAUUGCUUAAAAAGUCAGGAUUAAGUAUACCACGAGUAGAACUCGAGGAAAUUGGUCCCCGAAUCGAUUUUUCAUUGCGAAGAACAAAACCAGCAUCGCCUGAUCUAAUGAAAGAAGCUUGUAAAAAAGCUAGAGAAUUAAUACCGCAUAAAAAGAGGAAUAUUAGCAUGGAUGUGUUUGGCACAACACAUGGACGAAUUCAUGUUGGAAAACAAGAAAUCCUUAGAAUCCAGACUCGCAAAUUGAAAGGUCUGAAGAAGACAGGAGAAGAAAAAUGGGCAAAACAAAAAAAACUUAAAGUUUUGGAAAAAUAAAGUUUUCUUUUUUUUUGUAAA